CGUGUCCCUGACGUCAUGGGGGAACCUCGCGAGAGUUGGUAGCGGAGGCCCGGGGCCGAGCCUGCAGGAAGAAGGAAGCAGCCGCUCAGGGACACUCACUGGGAGACCAUGGAUGAUACUUUGUUUCAGUUACGGUUUACCUCAAAACAGCUAGAGAGAUUGGCUAAGAAAGCAGAAAAGGAUUCCAAAGCUGAGCAAGCUAAAGUGAAGAAGGCUCUUCAACAAAAAAAUAUUGAAGGAGCAAAGAUCUACGCAGAAAAUGCAAUCAGAAAGAAGAACGAAGGACUGAAUUGGUUACGAACAGCUUCCCGGGUAGAUGCUGUAGCAUCCAAAGUGCAGACGGCAGUUACGAUGAAAGGGGUUACGAAGAAUAUGGCACGUGUAACACAAGGAUUGGAUAAGGCACUGAAAUCCAUGGACUUGCAAAAAAUUUCAGCUGUAAUGGACAAAUUUGAGCAGCAGGUUCAGAACCUUGAUGUGCAUACUUCAGUGAUGGAGGACUCUAUGAGUUCUGCAAUGACAUUGACCACUCCUCAAGAACAAGUGGAUAGUCUCAUUAUGCAGAUAGCAGAGGAGAAUGGUCUUGAGGUCAUGGACCAACUAAACCAACUUCCAGAAGGUGCAGCAUCCCUUGGUGAAUCCUCUGUACGUGAACAGGAUAAGGAAGACCAGCUUUCAAAAAGGUUGGCUGCUCUAAGGAAUUGAAAGAGGAGGUGGCUUCUAAUCUCAACUGAUGGACUGUGUAUGAUCCUGCGUGACUUUUGUACAAUAUGUAUAAUGGCCAAAAAUGUUUACUUUCAUUAUACAUACAUUAGAAUGAUUAGCUACUUUCACUUUUAAACUCUUAUAAAAGCUAGUCUGAAUUUAAAAAAAGUAUACUAAAGGGUUAACUAUAUAGAUUCUCAUAGUCAUGACUGUUAUCACUGAAUUUGAGAUAAACCUUUUCUGACAGACAGCCCCUUUAUCCUUUUACAUUAUUAUGUAUACACGCAAACUGAUUUGUAAGCUUCAGAACCAUACUGAUAGACUGUGUAUACUUGUCUUGAUUCUGAGACCAACUUGGUUUGGCUAAUGUUGGGGCAAUGUGCAGGAUCAGUGACCGUCUGAAGUUUUAUUAAUUUUUUAGUGAAUUGGGAAGGAUUUUGUUUUUCAGAGUAUUGAUUUACAGAAUUUUGCAUGUGUCUAGCUGGAUGGGAUGUAAAGAAAACAUUUGCUAUGUGAGGAUGAAAUAUUCUUCUAUGUGUACCUUUUUGAAGUGAACAUGACCUGCAAAAUUUGUAAACUUUUCCUGUAGACUGCCAUUUUCAGUAAAGUAUGCUGAUUUCUGUGCAACAAGCAAUUGGGUCAAAACAGUAGGAGACGAAAUCUAUUUAUCUUUUCUACAGUUGACAAUAGAGUUGUGGCAUACUUUAGCCGUGCAUGUUUUUGGUUUAUAUACACUUCGACAACCAAUUGAUUGUCUUCUGUGAGUGGACCUCACGCCUCUAAUAUUUAUGAAAUGGAUUUAUUUCCUUUGCUCUGCCGACCAAGCAAGGAUAAAGUUAGAACUAUAUAGGCAGCUAAGAAUUUGAAACAAUCUGGCCUUAUUUAAAAAGUGCCUCUGUUAUGUGUGCCCUGUUUUUUCUUAAAAAUGAUAUCUUUAUUAAUUUGCAGAAAUAUUGGUUAUGCGACUACUCUGAAUUUAGUAAGCAGUUGAUUAUAACCUCAAAUAGUUGGUGCAUCCUCACUGUGAAAUACAAAACAAUAUGCAAAAUUUAUUUGUGUAUACCUUUCAAAUCUUAUCUUGAACAUAUGCAGUUCAGACUUGAUAGAGUUAGAUCAUUGAGUGGGAGAAAGAAGAAUAGGACAUAUAAUCCUGAAUUGUCAAAACGGUCAUUCUGAAUGUUCAUGACAAUAAGACCAGAAUCACAAGUUUUGUAAUAGUGUCUUUGGAGUUUGCCUACAGAAGUUAAACUUUCUGGAAAUGUUCAUUGUCCUGUGGAAGUUGCACAUUAUCUGGUUAAAAUACUUCACUUUGACAUGUAAAAUCUUGUCAUAAAUGCUUAACAAUUGUUUAAUUUAAGGUGUAGCUUUGAUUUUAAGCUAUAGCCAAUUUCAGCAGGUGGCCUAAAUUCAUCCAUUUGUGCUUUAACUAUUUCAGCAACCUUUAGAUUAUAACAUAAUUAAAUUGAAAUGCAUCCAAAUCAAUUUCAACACAAUUUUUGUCUUAUUAAUAAAAAUAGCAACAUUUAAGAAUUAAAAUUAUUGCUCUUCCUGGAAUUCAGUGGUCUAUCAAAAUUUUAAGCAAGAACUCUUUGCUAAGGAAGUGCACUCUGCAUUCACAAUGAGUUGCUGUUUGAUUUUUAGCCUCUUGGGUUCAACACAUUUAGGUAUGAUUGCUUAUCCAAAGCAGGAUGCCGUUUUGAAAAUUUUAAGUGGUUAAAGCAAUCAGGAAAUUUGCUCUGCUUAAUCACCAAACCUGUUUAAAAACAGCUCCAAUGGUGACACUAAAGUUGCUGCUCAAGUGCUAAAACAUUGCCCCAUCACUUAAUAUAAUAUACAAUUAAUGCCUUUAAAUUAUUUUCUUACAACCUUCUUGCAGUGGUGCCUGAAUGCUAGUAUAAACUAAAGUAUUCACAGGCAAUGAAGGUUAGAUCUGCAUUCUGAAAAUCAUUGUAAGCUCGACUACCUAACUGUAAAAAUUGUUUUAAGAAUACGGAAAAGCUGAAAUCCAUGAAAUUUUAAAAAAUACUGAAAAUACUCAGUUCGGGUAGCAUCAGUGGAGCAUGAGAGCUGCCGAGAGGUCAGUGACCUAAAAUAUUGACACUUUUGCUUUACGGAUGGCCAAUUACUAUAUAGCAUUUUCUGUUUGUACUUCAGAUUUUCAGGAUCUUGCAAUAUUUUGCUUGGGUAUGCUUUCAUUCAUUCAUUGUAUUUUAAAUGUAUAAUGGUAAUGACAGUAUGCUUGCUGCUUAGAUUUUUCUGAACACUUGAGUAGGUGCCUGGUAAUAUUUUAUAUUCUUUUGAAAUAAAUAUUUUCUGUUGCUAUACUGUGUGAUUGAUUUUAAUGUUUGUUAGUUGGGCUGUGAUUUUUUUGUUUGGGUAAUUUGAUUAUUUAUGUCCAAAUUAAUGUUGAAGUUAUUUUCAGACAGUUUUAAUGUGUUCAUAUUUUGAAAUAAAGAAUUUAAAUUCUCUGAAA